GUCAUAUCCACAAAUAACUGACAAAAAGCUAACGUUACAUGCUAGCUAAUGAUAAGUUGUUGGCCAGUUGUAACGAUCCCGGAGUUUACAAAUUUCUAAUAACUUAAAAAUGGCAAUAAUAUUUGCGAGAGAAAACGUACGAACACACCAAAGCAGAAGAUAUUGAUAAAAUUAAAUUAAAAACCAUGUUGUCAUAAAAGUAAAGCCCGUAUCACAUUGGGUUUGGGUUGAGUUAGCUUCAAACUCCGGGUUAGGUUUUGGUCGGCCAUUCGGUGGCUCCGACGUACAACCACCGCGAGUUUCGACAGACGCGCACGGUGCUCGACCCAUUCACAAAAUAAUUCAGCUUAAUAAAGUUGCACCGUCUUUUUGUUUUGACAUCAAGCUCGCAGGCUAACUGCUAUGAAGCUUUCUCUGAAGCGAGAGCGAGAGGCUGAGGUGGACGAUGAUGACGACGACGAAGACAGGGCAGUGACAGCCAAAAAGGGCCGAGGACGUGCCGUAGAAGACCGGAGAAGCCGCCACUGUCCUUACCUAGACACUAUAAACAGGAGUGUGCUGGACUUUGACUUUGAGAAACUCUGCUCCAUCUCCCUCUCCCACAUCAAUGUCUAUGCCUGCCUUAUAUGCGGGAAGUACUUUCAAGGUAGAGGUUUGAAGUCCCACGCCUACACUCACAGUGUGCAGUUCACCCAUCAUGUGUUCCUCAAUCUGCACACUCUCAAGUUUUACUGUCUGCCGGACAACUACGAGAUCAUUGACUCUUCACUAGAAGACAUCACGUAUGUGUUGAAGCCAACUUUCACCAAACAGCACAUCUCAGGGCUCGACAAGCAGGGCAAACUGUACCGAGCCUACGAUGGUACCACCUACCUGCCAGGAAUUGUCGGGCUAAACAACAUCAAAGCCAAUGACUACGCCAAUGUAGUGUUACAGGCCUUUUCCAAUGUACCACCUUUGCGAAACUACUUCCUGGAGGAGGAAAACUACAAGGGGAUCCGCAGGCCACCGGGGGACAUCAUGGUCCUCUUGGUACAGAGGUUUGGUGAGCUGAUGCGCAAACUUUGGAAUCCCAGAAACUUCAAGGCCCACGUGUCUCCCCAUGAGAUGCUGCAGGCUGUGGUGCUGUGCAGCAAGAAGAACUUCCAGAUUACCAAGCAAGGGGAUGCUGUGGACUUCAUGACGUGGUUCUUGAAUGCUCUGCAUGGUGCUCUUGGAGGCACAAAGAAAAAACCAUCAAUCAUUACAAAAGCAUUUCAGGGCUCCAUGCGGAUCUUCUCCAAGAAACUUCCACACCCUGACUUGCUACCAGAGGAGAAAGAGGCAUUGCUUGUGACAGAGGAGUACCAGGAGCAGAUGUCUGAGUCCACCUUCCUGUUUCUCACCCUUGACCUCCCAACAGCUCCACUGUACAAGGACGAGAAGGAGCAGCUUAUCAUCCCACAGGUCCCUCUCUUCAACAUCCUGGGCAAGUUCAAUGGCAGCACAGAGAAGGAAUACAAAACCUACAAAGAGAAUUUUCUCAAAAGGUUCCAGCUCACCAAACUGCCUCCGUACCUCAUCUUUUGUAUCAAAAGAUUCACCAAGAACAACUUCUUUGUGGAAAAGAACCCCACAAUUGUCAACUUCCCUAUUACGAAUGUAGACCUGCGCGAGUACUUGACAGAGGAAGCUCAAGUUACGGAGAAAAAUACAACAUAUGACCUUGUCGCCAAUGUGGUGCAUGAUGGGAAACCCACUGAAGGAGCGUACAGGAUACAUGUUCUGCAUCAUGGAACUGGGAAGUGGUAUGAGAUGCAGGACCUGCAGGUGACUGACAUUCUCCCCCAGAUGAUUACACUGUCUGAGGCCUACAUCCAGAUCUGGAAGAGACAAGAGAGCGAUGACACAAACAACCACACAGGGGUGUGAGUGAGGCAGGAUUUUCCUCCGUGUAAAUGGCCAGAAGCGUUGUCAUCAUUUUGUAAAUGAAGUGGGUAUUUAAGUGAUAUAAAGUAACAGCAGAAUAUGGAACGAGAGCAUCAGGACUUAUUCUUAAAAGCCGCAAAAAAUAAAUGUAAAUGUCACUGUUUUUUUUUCACUGUUUUAUGUUUUUACUAUGUGGAAGUUUCUAAAUAAACAAGCUCCAGGACACAA